AUGAACACAACCAAACGUCAGGACAGCUUCAAUGACGCCUUCACAAAGAACUUUGUCUCCUUUGCUCUCGGCUUCAUCAUCAACUACAUUAAUGGGAUGUUUGUCUACACCUAUUUUAAGAGCGUUGUCUUCCAGCAAGACCCCAGGUACGUGCUUUACAUCCACCUGGUCAUCAACGACAUGAUUAUGCUGACAGGUACUGUGAUGCUGCAGAUCCUCACCUACACCGUCCCCCUGAGCUUUGCUCCCUGCUGUCUCAUGAUGCUCAUAACAAUGACAACCAACAAGAACAGUCCUCUGAAUCUGGCCGGCAUGGCGGUUGAACGCUACAUUGCUGUUUGCCGGCCUCUCCGUCACUCUCAGCUCUGCACGGUGCAGCGAGCGUACGCUCUGAUCGCACUGAUCUGGGCUGUCUCCUUCAUCCCCUCCAUCUCAGAUGUCAUCAUCCUCCUCGUCAUCCAGCCCCUCUCUGUCUUCACGAAGAACGUCAUCUGUUUCCCCUCCUCUGUGUACAACACACCGUACCAUGAGACACAAAGUUUGGUUGUCCAGGUCCUCCUGUUUUCUUUUGUCUUCCUCACUUUGAUGAUCACCUACCUGAAGGUCCUCUGUGCUGCUCGGGCAGUUUCUUCUUCUAACCAGGCCUCUGCCAAAAAUGCUCGCAACACCAUCCUGCUGCAUGGAGUCCAGCUCCUCAUCUGCAUGGUGUCAUACAUUUCUCCCUUCAUCAACCUCAUUUCAAUCACAGCCUGGCCCAAUAGGAGGACCAUAAUCCUAUUCACCACCUUUCUGUUCACCAACCUGCUUCCACGUCUGCUCAGUCCACUCAUCUAUGGCAUCAGAGACCAGAAGCUCAGCAGCCACUUCAGGGUUCACUUUGGCUGUAAAGGUUUUAAAUCUAGAGGGAAGAGCAGGAAACGCAGGGUGCCAGAGAAGCACUGA